CGAAGCCAUCUUGUUUUAUUUCCUUUCUGGAGUAGCUAGCCAACACAUUGGCCAGGCCAGUAGAAUAAGCUAGCUAGCUCGUUAUCUAACAUUAUUGGACUUAUUUCAAGGUUGACUUUAAUACUUCCACCGUUCCAAUAUGUAUUUGAAUGGUUAAGAAAUAUUUUUGUCGCUGAUAGAAUCGAAGCAAACGCUGGUUCAGGUCUAGGUUAAUAUAUUUUUUUUCUGAGUAGAGGAGUUACUAUGACUGGAGGAUAAAUGUUGCCAAAGGCUGACAGCAGCAGUUACGUCCUUCUCUCUCUUCUCUUCGUCCUAACUUUAACAGACCCACCACGGACAGGUCCGCGGUUAGCUCUGGCAGGAUUGUUGUCAGAGCUGCGAUGCAGCCCUGGCCAGUUCACAUGCCGCAGUGGGAAGAUGCAGUGCAUCCCCUUGUCCUGGCAGUGUGACGGCUGGACGGCUUGUGACGACAAGAGCGAUGAGUUGGACUGCCCUCCCAUGAAGGAGGAAACGUUUCAUUUCGCCAACGGGUUCGCCAACGGGUUUGACCAGGUGGAGGACGUCAUGGGUGUGGCCCAGCCGGUGCGCUUUAACAAGAAGUGCCCUAGUGGGUGGCAUCACUAUGAGAAGACAGCCAGCUGCUACAAAGUGUACCUGAGGAAUGAGAACUACUGGCAGGCUGUGGACACAUGUCAGAAAGUCAACGGCUCACUGGCCACCUUCGUUACCAACGAGGAGCUGCAGUUCAUCUUGAAGAUUGAGGUGGAUUUUGAUGAGGAUGUGUGCGAGCGCAGAGAUCAAUGCAAGUUUUGGGUGGGUUACCAGUAUGUCAUCACCAAUCAGAACAAUUCACUGGCAGGCCGUUGGGAGGUGGCAUAUAAAGGGUCAGUACAGGUAUUUAUGCCUCCAGAAGGCCUGACCGACUUUGGAGAGGCAUCCGCAACCCAGGACAGCAUCUUCUGUGCCCAGCUGCAACGCUUCCAGAUCAAGAGCAUGAACGAGCACGGCCUUCACAGCUGGCACGCUGAAAGCUGCUAUAAGAAGUUCCCCUUCCUGUGCAAGAGGAGGCAGACGUGUGUGGACAUAAAGGACCAGGUGGUAACUGAGGGCUACUACUUCACGCCAAAGGGGGAGGACCCGUGUCUGAGCUGCACUUGUCACAACGGCGAGCCAGAGAUGUGUGUGGCCGCGCUGUGCAACCGGCCCGAGGGCUGCAAGCACUUUGGCAAGGACCCGAAGGAGUGCUGCAAGUUCACCUGCCUGGACCCAGAUGGUAGCAGCCUGUUUGACUCCAUGGCCAGUGGGAUGCGUCUGAUUGUCAGCUGUAUCUCCUCCUUCCUCAUCCUCUCUCUGCUCCUCUUCAUGGUUCACCGGCUGCGCCAGCGCCGGCGCCAGCGCAUCGAGACGCUCAUUGGAGGAAACCUGCACCAUUUUAACCUUGGACGACGAGUCCCUGGCUUUGACUACGGUCCGGACGCUUUUGGCACGGGCCUCACUCCCCUGCACCUCUCUGAUGACGGAGAGGGAGGCGCAUUUCAUUUCCAGGAGCCUCCCCCACCCUAUGCUGCAUACAAGUACCCAGACAUACAGCACCCAGACGACCCCCCCCCUCCUUAUGAAGCCUCCAUCAACCCGGACACUAUUCUCUAUGUGGACCUGGCGCGCAAUGGGAUCCGGAUGAUCCCCAGUCAGAUGAGGGACGUGGUGGACGCCAUGACGGACGCCCCGGCCGUCCCCGAGCCAGAGCCUGUGCCCAUGUCGUCCCAGGGGCGGGAGGACUCCAUCGACAGCAGCACCCUACUGGUGGUGCCCGACACCCCCACUGACGAACAGGCCCCCGACAUCCCUACAGACUGCAGCAGCACCUCCCUCAGCACCAUGGUAUAGAGGGAAGGGGUGCCGGAGGAGGCGGGGGGGGGUGGGGCCGCUCCCACAGAUGGAGACUGGAGGACAAUGGCAGACUGCUCCAUCACGCGGGGGUUGGAUUGGGGCACACUGUCGGUCAGAGGACGGGACUGGUUUUGCGAUAGGUGACUUAGAGACGGUGUCUGGAAGGACUGAUGGACCGGUCUGCCUCUGGAGGUGUGCAGCACUGAGCACUCUUCGACUGGUGGUUUUCCUUAACCAGUGGACUUUAACCUGUUAGGUGUCUGUCAGAUUUCUUAUUGAAAACAGAGAGCAGUCUGUUUUUCUUACAUGUGGGCACAAACUGGCGGUUAAGGAAGUCAAAAAGCAUCUAGAAGACCGAUGAUUCUGUACAGAGAAGACUAGCAACUCUACGUCAGGCUAACAAGGCCGAGCUUCUGCCUCUAGUUCUCAUUGGUCAACCCUUGUGAUUUCUUCAUUUUAGUUAGAACUCCCAACUGUCCCCAAUGCAAGUCCUCCUUCAGGUGUCAUGCCUGGUCAUUAUUGAGAAGGUAGACAGAUCCAUUCUGCCCUUUUCAAAUUGUUUUUGGGUUGCAUUGAGGCAGAGGCGUAGUUCCGACUGUCAGUUGAUGGACUAACUGCAUCGCAUGACAAAGGGUAGAGUGUGUCUGCUCAAACAUCCCGUCUGAGAACUUUAUAUCUCCUUAUUAAACAGAUGGAGGAAUUUCCCAAUAGACAGUGUCCUUAAACUGGAAUUUCAGCAUUUGCCAAUCAAUCUGAUAUGCUAACAUGUCUUCCAGAUUGAUGCUAAAGAUUUGAAUAGAAAAAGAUAAAGUUCUGCUACAAAAGGUUUUUUUAACCUUGCAAAGAUAUUUAGGUACGUUAGUGUUAGCUCCAUCUAACACAAUGCUAUGUGUUAAUGUCUGUUUUGAUAAUCUAAAUCCUAGAACUUUUCCAAGAAUCUUGCUGCAAUAUUGGUUUUUGUUCAUGAGUUCUUAAGGUAGUUAGUUGAUUAUUGUGUCCUUUUCCAGGCUGUAAAUUUGUUGCGAUAUCCAAACUUAGGUAAUUGCUUCAAUAAUUUCACAUCAUGAAAUUGAAUGUCAGUGGUGAUUGUGAAUCAAGGUAAGCUUUUCAUGUUGUUGUUUGUUGCUAUAUAAGGAGGGUUGUUUACUGUUUUAUACCUCCUCAUGGAAUGUGUUAAGUUCAAUUUAAGGUACACAUUCUCCUCUUAACAACAUUAAUACUGAUUAUUUCUUCUUCGCCAGUCUGCUACUUUGCUGUAUGUAUGCACACAAUUGUGUAUAAAGACAAAACCUUUCACCAUUUGUCACAUCACCUGUUUACUAUGUCUCAAGAAAAAUGUUUUUAAUACAGAAUAUAUUUUGAAAGCAUUACUGAUAUUCUGGGGAUGUGGAUAAAUAAUCAGUUGUCGUUUUUGGAAGCUGUCAUUGGAUUCACUGUUUCUGUUCUUACUGCUGCGUGUAGUCAUCUCAGUGUCUUAAAUUCAGACUGUGACAACGGUGUAAUUCCAUCGGAGAUGGAACUGGUUCUGUUUUACCAUGAGCCAACAUGUCUUUGGGCUUUAUAAUAAUGAACUACAGGAACCUCUAAUGUGGUAGUAACAGAAUGCUUGGAGGUAUUGGGAAGGCCACAUAAUUUAAACGGAUUGUGGCAAUCGGCUGAAAAGCUCACGUCAUAUAAAGACGUGAGAGCCCGGUUAGGUUCUCUUGUGCUUAGUCUCCCGAGGAGUUAGAAGUGCCAGACAUAUAAAAGCACAAAGCCCCCUAUGAUGAUUCCAGCCAGUUUGGCCCAAGCCCCUACCAGCGUGGUCUUCUAUUUUGCUUUAGUCCGAUCACCAGCAGCACUGAACUGGCAGAAGAUCCAGUUUUAGAAUUGCGUGUGUAUGUGUACUGUGUUUCUGUACAGAUAUACCUGGAUGUCGCGUUGCAGUGUUUUAUGUUAGGGAUGGGGAUCAAGUUAAACUGUUUUCUUUUCUCUGACCCAUAUGUGAAUUAUCAAAGGACAUUAUGUCAUGAACUGUAAAGAGAAAAAAAUUCAAAUCUUCAACUGUGUGUGCAUGUGUGUGUGUGUGUGUGUGUGUGUGUGUGUGUGUGUGGGUGUGGUAUGGUGUUCAGGGAUCACAUCUCUCUUUGGGUUGAGUGUUUCUAGCUUCUUUUUUUUGGGACCUACAGUGCAUGUUUUAAUCUUUAGGCAUGCUGAGAACUUCUUUAAAACAGAUUUAUAAUUUUAAGAACACUGCUCAUCUAGGCCCUGGCUUAGUUCACAAGACUGGUGUGUUGUAGAUGUAUGCAUUGGUCCUCCUGCCUCCAACUGCAACUGCUGCAUUGAUACUAGGUGAUUCAUCGAUAGACAAUGGUGAGCAAAACAACGUCCAAUGUGUUCUGUUAAAAUGCGAUGUUGCAUUUAAUUGUAUUCUCUUAUUUUAAAGCUUUUAAAUUCUACAUUUCUUGCAUCUUUUACAAGGGGCUCUUGUAUUUCUAUAUAAUUUUUUUUGAGGUAGAUGUACAUUAAUAUUAUGCCAAAUAAAUUGUAUAAUGAAGGAGA